AUGACUACUAACAACGAUCCAAUAUUUAAUUGUAUUCAUCAACUAGAAACUCUUCUAUUUCACGAUGAUAUGCUGAAGAAAAUCGAGUCUCAUCCAUUAAUUAAUCUUCGUGAUCAAUUGCAAAAAAUCGAUGAUGAAUGGGAUAUAAGAACAAUUGAUGAAAAUCAGAAACGGAUGUCUACUCUUAAUUAUUUUGAAAUAAAUUCCUUUUCUCAUUUUAUCAAACGAUAUUCUUCAAUAAUUCCAUCUAAUCUCUUAGAAGCUCUAUUCGAUGCAAUUCGUUUUCAAAUGUAUAUAAAUAUGGCAAUAUAUCCAGUGUUAUGUGAUUAUUAUUUUGAUUUAUCACUUACUUAUUUAAUUAAUGAUUCAACAAUUAAUUAUCUUAUUAAUAAAAAACAUAUUCUAUCAAAUAUGGAUGAAUAUUUUCUUCAUUUGUUUGCUUCUAUUGGUGCACGAUCGCUUUAUACAAGAAGAGGUAUUUCUUAUUCAAUAUUUGUUUCACAUAAAAAUAUUCCAACAUUUUUUCAAUUAAAUAAUUCAACCGAACGACUUUUACAAGCAUUUAUAACUUAUAUAAAUAAUUAUUUUUUAAAUAAUGAUCAACAAUCUCAAGUCUAUACAUCAAUUUUUAAAUGGAUUCUUAACAUGACAGAUAUCUAUGGAUUUGUUCCCUAUUUUGUUCAAAUUGGUUAUCCAAAUGCUAUUUUACAAUGGAUAUCAAUUGAACGAGAUCAUAUAAAAUAUAUUUCUCUUGAAUCAUGGUCUUGCAUUAUUAAUAUAUUACAUAAUCUAGCUCGACAUCCCAUUGGUGUAAAAGCACUAAAUGAAUUAAAAAUGAUUGAUAGUAUUAAGCAAUGGAAAGAACAAUAUUUAUCCGAAUCGUCAGUUAUUGAUUAUAACGAAGACGAUAAAGAUAUUCGUAUGGCUUAUUAUCUUCUUUAUGCAAAAUUAUUGGAACCGAAGGAAUUAAAAAAUGAAAGUGUCUCUAAUAUUCAAACAAUUCUUGAUUAUAUUCUUGAACAAACAAUGAAAGCAUUUGAUUCUGUUGAUCUUACCUGUGGUCCAUAUAAUGUUUGUGAAUAUUUAGAGGGACUAGUUAAAUUAGUUGUUAAUGAUGCAUUGCUUACUUAUAUUAUUUCACGUGACAAUAUAUAUGAAUUAUUUAUUGAAAAAUUUCUUUUAUUUAAUAACAUAUGUGAAUCAACAGUACUUAAUACAAUUAUUUGUUCAUCACUUUAUACAAUAUUUUGGUCAAUUAGUUUUUUAUCUGAAUAUUCUAUUAAAUUAAAAUUAAAUAAUGAAUUUCUUUCAUUCGUUGAACAAAGAGCAAAAAAUCAAUCAAAUGAUGAAUAUGAAUUAGACAUGAAACGCGCAGCUAAAGGAAUUCUUUUUAAUCUUGAUUGUAUACAAAUGGAUAUACAACCAAUUGAAGAUAAUCAUAAUCAUGAUGAUGAUGAUGAUAAUCAAAUAAAAGUUAUGAUUUCUUAUUCACAUAAAGACGCCAAAUUUUGUAAAAACCUUGUUACAAAAAUUCAAGAACAUUAUCAAGGUGAUAUUUGGGUAGAUUUUAAUAAAUUAUCACCACCAUAUGAAGAUGAUUGGGAAGAAAUUGCUAAAGCAAUAACUCAAUGUAAUGUUAUUGUAAUGAUUGUAACAGAAAAUUAUUGUGGUUCAAAAAGCUGUCGAAGGGAAGUCGUUCAUGCUGAUAAACGUAACAAACGUAUGGUACCUGUUUAUAUAGGAAAAGAUUAUAUACCAGAAGAUUGGUUUGAAAUUCGUGCUGGUUCCGCAACAUGGGUUCGUUUUGGAGGUGAGAAAAAUGAUGAAGAAGUUAUGGAAACUCUUUUAGGUUUAAUUACUGUACGAGAUGAAGUACCACAAAAUAAUAACAAGCUUGCUUAUUCACAUGGAUCUCAUUUAAAACUUAAAUCAAAAUCAGAAAUUGAUUCAAACACAAUUACUAAUAUUCAAACUAUUGAAACAUCAUCAUUACAUGUAAACACCAAUCCAAUUAUAGAAAUUUCUGACAUACAAUUACAAUCAAAUCUUACUGUAUCAGACAUUAUACCUACUUCUCCAAUCGAACAAUGGACUUGUGAAGAAGUACAACAAUGGCUUCAUUUACCACCAUCUACUCUUCAACUAUCAUCUGGUCGAGCUUUACUAACAUAUAUGAAGUUAUUAUCACAUGAUGAUGCACAAUAUGAUGAAUAUGAACAUCGAAUGCGUGAUCAUUGUGUAAGUAGAGAACAAUUUUCUAAUUUAAUAUCAUCAUUUACAUCAAUUCUUUCAUUAAAUGAUGCCCAAACAAUAUCAACUAAAUUACCUGAUCAAUGGACACGUAAUGACAUAAAAUAUUGGUUUCAACAAAAUCAUUUAUCUGAUUAUUUAUUAAAUGCAUUGAAUUUUAUUGAUGGAUCUCAACUUAUUAUUUAUGGACAAUUAAUUAUUGAUUCACCAUUACGUAUUGAAGAAGAAUAUAAUCGAUUGAGAAAUAAGAUUGGAAAAGAUCUUUUUCAUCUCGAUGAAUAUAGUCGAUUUUUGAGUGGUUUGAAAAAACUUGUCAAUCAAUCAAGAUUAAAAGAAGAAUCUGCUUUAUGUAAUAUUCUGUAG